AUGAUCGGCUUCAUCUCGUCUCGACACCCGGAUGUGGCGGUAGCGUACUCGUUCCAAAACAAUUUUCACAACAUUUCAAUGAUUAUGCAAGGUUUCCUUUCGGGGCUCACCGUUGCUGAAGCCGUAUUUGCAUUCAGCUUUGCCAACGAGGAGCUUCUGCUGCACGCAUAUCGCUGGCUCAGCCUUCCAGUGCAUGUUGUAUUCCUGAUCUGUUUUACGAUUGGAUGUGUGGCUGCAAUUGACAGGACUGGUUUCUAUGGCUGGAAAAUUCCGGAGCUCAAAAAGACGCUGUCCCAUGGCGGUGUGAUCGGCAUUAUUCUGUGGACCAUUGGACUUAUUGCUAGUUCGGCUUGCAUACAAUUCGACGAAGCGCUCGCUCCAGUAGUGGAGGAAGUCGUGAUCACUCAAGACUUGCUGCUUUACUGGAGGAUUUGUUGCGCUGUAAGGGCAGUGUGCGCAAGUGCCGCUUGGCUUUUGUUGGCUCUCAGACCAGACUGUAAUGUGUUGGGAGAUACCAUCAAAAGGACAGCAGUGAAUGAGAUGCUCCAACGCAAUGUCGACCUACUGGAAGAAGUACCCACAGAAUUUAGAGCACAGGUGGCUAAAAUGCUCAACAUUCCUGAAUAG